CAGAUGCUGCACCGGGAGAGAACUUUGAACUCGGCCGUGUGUGUGAAGGGGUCACUUGACAGGAGUCCCAAGUGCGCUGCCCAGGAGUUUUGCUUCUUGUGUGCCUCUCCUCCUCAUUCUCCCUCUUAUGGGCGUACGAGGGAGGAGGAGGAGGAGGGAGGGAGAACCACCAUUAAAGUCUGUGACACAUACUACAGAUGGCCACGAGAGACCGAUAAUCUGAAGGCUACCCUGACCCACCCCGCCGGCGACGCCUAUUACAACACAUUCCGCGCCCCACAGAUCGCCAUCGCACUAAAGAACAACAAGCCCGCCUGACGAUAUCUUCGAGAGACCCAGAAAACCCAAGGAGAAUCACUUAGAACUUGCAUCAACCGGAUCAGAGAAAGGCCAAAAUGCAUGUCCGGUUCAAA